UGGGGGGGCGUGCAUGCGCACUGCGCAUCUCCAGCAUGGCUACGGUGCUGUCCCGGGCGCUGAAGCUGCCGGGAAAAAAGAGCCCAGACCUUGGGGAAUAUGACCCCCUCACUCAGGCUGACAGUGAUGAAAGUGAAGAUGACCUGGUACUCAACAUCCAGAAGAAUGGAGGGGUCAAGAAUGGGAAGAGCCCCCCUGAGGAGGUGCAGGACCCUGACUCCGAUGUGGAGGUUGGGAUGACAAAGCAGCACACGUCAGACAGCGCGCCUGAGGGUUAUCCUGCAGAGACGGCUGGGAGUUUGGAGCAGAAGGCUGCUCCCUCCCUCAUGCCAUACCUGCGCACAGCGAUCUUUUUGCUCACUGUGGUGAUCUCGAUGAUUCUUGUGUUGGUUUGCGCAUUUCUAAUUCCCUGUCCCCCUAGAGACUUGCAUAACACCUGGAACCGCAACCUAGGUCAGGGAGCAGGUGGUGUGUUAUCCCCACUGGAGCUGUGUGACGUGAACGGUGAUGGGCUCCCUGACAUCCUCAUUGUCUUCACUGCCUUGAUGAAUGCUAGCGUCAUGGGUGUCUCUAGGCCCUCUGUAACUGUAGUGGCCCUUUCUGGUAUGAAUGGCAGCACCCUAUGGUCCAUCCAGCUUCCAGAGGAGACUCGGAGUGUGCAGUGCAAAGGGCUGUCACUGGGAGCACCUGCAGAGCCUGUCUGCCUUGUUACAGGAACAUCAAAAUUUCUCAGCCUUCUCAGUGCCUCCACAGGCAAGACCAUCUGGAUGCUGAACCCCAUCCACCUUUCAAGUGGAAUCCUAGCUGCACCAGCUGCCACUCUUCCGGAUGUAGAUGGAGAUGGGAUUAGGGAUAUCGUCGUUCUGGCCCUCAAAGAGACACAGCCUGAUGUGUUUUUCAUCUUGGUGUCAGGAAAGAGUGGGACUGCUUUGGGUGGGCCUGUGAAAUACAACACAAAUGGAGAAGGGAAAGUAAUUGGUCCCCAAGUCCACAUCACCAGCCGGGGAGCCAUCUACAUCCUAUUUGGUUUUGGUAAUGUUCAAGCAGUUGCCCUAAGGGAUAUCUUUACCCAAGCCAGAAACCGGGACAGCUUUCCUGCAAUGCUGCAGCAGGAGGAGCCGGAGUGGGAAAAGCGCAGAUCUGUCAACCUGUCAGAGCUCAUUGACAUUUACAGUGGGGGUGUUGACUUCCUGCAGACAAUGAAGGCACCUGACACAAACUGCAGCAACCUGCUCAUCACAACCAAAGAGGGCUUGAUCCUUCUGCGGGGACAAGACCUGGAGCCCCACUGGACCCUGGAACUGCAGAACAUCAGCAGCCAGCCUGUACCUGGUUACUUUGGUUCUGACCAAACUCUGGACUUCAUGCUGCAAGCACAGACCGGAGAUGGGAACAAAAAGGUGGUGGUGGUAGAUGGCAAAUCCGGCCUCCCUGUUUGGAACCAGGAACUCCCGUGGCAGAAGCAACAACUCGAUGCACUGUCGGUCAUGACUUUGGACAAGAAGUCAGUUUUUCUCUUCUGGGCUGAUGAAGCACAGCCUGUGUUGCAACGUUUGCAACCUGGUCUCAGACCUGAGCGCCCAGGGCUGCACCACCUCUAUCUCCUCCAUCCUGUUUUUCCUACAGUCCUUUUGGACCUCACCAAUGCAACAGACAAAGUAAUUGCUUCAGCAGUUGGAAUUAACGAUCUCCAGAAGGAUGCAUUUCACAUCACUGUGACAACAACUGCAACUUCUGAAAAACAGCCAGGAUUUCUCUCGGUCAGCAAGCUGGGCCUGAAGUGGGCCAUGAUGAGUCAAGGUCGAAUGGUGUGGCUAAAAGACACCACGACUCCCAGAAUCAGCCGUGGAGAAGUGAGGCGAUUUCUUGCCCGACUGAAAUUUGUUGACUUUCCUCAGAAGCUCUAGCCUGGUGCUUCGUCAGAGUUUGGUUGGACCUGUGGCCUGUGUGGGGAAUACAGGAAGCUGCUCUGUGGAUCUUCAGGAAAACUGCUGUGUAGAGGGAAUGGGGGCUAAAAAGCACUUCCUCUUUCUUCAGCUUUCUGGGGAACGCUGCUGGAGGCAGGUUUGUCCUAGGCAGACCUGUCCUGUACCAGAGGAACCUUGUUCGGCAUCUCCCCCUCCAUAUGCCGUUCUUGCAUGCUUCCUUCCAGGUAACACAGAAAUGUGAAUUUAGAAUUUAUAUACAUAUACAUAUAUAUAUAAAAACCCAGGUUUUAUAUAUAUAUGUAUCAAUUUAUACAAUAUAUGUAUAUUUUUUGUAUGUUUAAUUUAUGAAUGAGAUUUAGGACACUCCUUUUUAUGUCUAAACAGUAUUCCCAGGCAGUCAAACAAGCUGUAGGCCUAGAAUGGGCCAUGAUGACUCAAGGCAAAUGGUGUGGCUAAAAGACACUACCUGCUUUAAUCUUUUUAUUUUUGGAGAGAAGCCUCUGUCUGGUUCCUGCAGGGCUAGUCUUGUCUACAACCUUUGCUGUGCUUUCAGCCCUCUUCUCCAUUCUGUCCCCAAACUCACAAACAAAGUAGUUCUCUGGCUGAAUUACCUGAUCUGGAGAGAGAUGGUCCCCACAGCAUUUGCCAGCCCUUGCACUUGUAUAUUUCUUUCCCCACUCCCAAGUUCAGGACAGGUUCAUAUGGGUGAUGUAGAAGUGAAAGGUUCACAUCUUAUUUCUGUCCAUCCCUAAGCUUUUUAUGAACCCAAAGUGUCACUGUAAUGUCACUGCAGUCCAAUGGGCUGAGUCCCCCUCUGCAAAUACAUCACAGCCCUUUAGGGAAUAGAUUCCCAGCAGAUCCUCGCUGGCACUGUAAAGAUCACACUAGAUCCAGUCAGAGCAAAGCUGAUUUUCACACCACUGCUUCAGGGUUUAGAGGCUCAGACAGAGGCAGAACUGGGAAGCUUUUCUGUGCAUUUUACCCCCUAUUCUGGGCUCAACUUUACCGUUCCCUUGCCAGCCCAGCCCUGUGUGUGCAGUUCCAGGAGGAACAGACUACCACCAGGGCACAUUGAUUGCUCACAGGAUGUUUCGUGCUUUGAACUGUGCCUCUGAGCAUGCCAUCAGUCUCCCGUGUUGUAGUUGCAGAGCAUCCACGUGAAUUUUCUUGUAAUAGAAAAUAUAAAUAUAAAAAGGAACCACUUCGGUGCCCCAGCAGCUCCCCACAGUGCAGGGCAACAACGUAGGAACUGUUUUCCCAGUAUGUCUUUCUAGGUCUGUCCUUUGACAUUAGGCAGAGCCAGGCUGAGAUGAGGAUUGCAAUGGACUCUCCUGUCCUCCUGCUGGCACGUGCCCUUCCAGCCUCCCUGCACUUCCCCGUGAGUGGUGAGGUGAUAGCAGGACUUUGAGCUUCCCUCUAGAUGGGCACAUCUACCAUGGGUUUGUUGUCCUGGGCUCUUGACACCUUUCCUUGUUACGUCACCCUCUCUCUUCUCCUUCCCUGCAUCUCCUUGUAAAGCUUCCAGGAUAGCCCUUCAGGAUUAGCUGCAAGUCCCAAGGCUGGUCCUUGGACCCUGCUCUCUUUAUGUCAGAGCCUCUGAACAGUUUGUAUAUGUUUAAUGGUAUUUUUGUGUAAAUAGCUUUGUAUAUAUUAGCACAACUGUAGCAACGGCUCUAGGCCUGGCAUUUUCCUCCAGACAGGGGUUAGUGUUUAUAAUAUAUAGUCAGUUAAUACAGCUGCGUAAUAGGGACUGAAUUAAUGGUUGGACUUGAUGAUCUUAAAGGUCUUUUCCAACCUAAACGAUUCUAUUAUUCUAUGAUUCUAUGAACGUGUGAGGACCAGUAACAUACGAGGAUUAAACAGGAGUGCCCCUUCCCUCCUGUCUAGCCACCACCUUGCUGGGAAAGGUGAAGCGGCUGUUAGCUGAAAUAGUUAUUCUCCUGAGGUUCUUCCUGAGAGAACUGAUAUUCAAGUGCAGUGACGUUAGCUCCUCCAUAAUGUGAAUUCACCCUGCCCGCACACACACACAUCCCCACUGUGAAUAAAGAGUCUGUCUGUAUAUUGUUGGGAAAAUGUAUUUGAACUGUGAACUGCAGUGGAGCAAAUAAAUACUGUGUACAACA